CAGCCUGGGACGUGUAUAAAAGAGCUGAGGGCUUCACAGCCCUCUAUCCACUCGGCUUUGCUUGACUCUCCUGAUCAACAGGGACUCCUUGCCUGCCUGAAAGAUGUCCUGCACCAGCCUGUGCAACACCUCCUGUGGGGUGGCCGCCCCGGCCCCGCUGGCUGACACCUGCAACGAGCCCUGCGUGCGGCAGUGCCCUGACUCCACGGUGGUGAUCCAGCCGCCACCCUCGGUGAUCACCUUCCCUGGGCCCAUCCUCAGCUCCUUCCCGCAGCACAGUGUUGUUGGCUCAGCGGGAGCUCCCGGUGUUGGCGGAGGCUACGGCGGCACUUUUGGAGGCCGUGGUGGUUUUGGAGGCUAUGGGGGCUAUGGAGGCUAUGGGGGCUAUGGAGGCCUUUGGGGCCAUGGUGGUUAUGGGGGUUAUGGAGGCCUUUGGGGCUAUGGGGGCUAUGGAGGAUUUGGCAGUUGUGGAUAUGGUGGCUGGCGCCGAGGCCACAGGUACCUCAAUGGCAACUGUGGACCCUGCUAA